AGCUCCGCCAUUUGUGUUUUGGGAGAAGCGGCGGAAACGGUUGUCUCGGGUCGGUGCAGUUCUUUUUUCCCUGCAGAUAGUUUGGCAGCUAAAGGUGUGAAACAUCAAAUGUCUGAAAGACACGAAUCAAAGGUGAAAACAGAAGAGGAGGAUGAUAUGUCCUGUGGAGACCUGGGUGAUGGCCUUUGCAGGAAACCUGGCGGAAUUUAUGAACAGACAUCAGGUGCGAUUGCUGAGACCAUAAGAUCAAGACAUGGAUCAGAUGUCGAUGACUCUGUUUUUAGUACAAGUGUAACUGAAGAUGAGAAGAAUGCAAUUACAUCUUCCCACUGGACCAAAUACAAUAAUCUACACAAUUCAUUUCAUAAAGUAACAACUUCUGAUGGGACAAGUACAAGCAGGCGGUCGAGCAGCAAUGGUUCACAAGUUGAAAUCUCAAAUGAAGAGUUAAAAGUCAAGCUUCAGGAAGUUGUGGAGGAAGCAGAAUUUCUACGUUGUGAGCUUGAGGUAACACAACAGCAACUUGAAGGGAAAUAUGAAGCAUUAAAGAUACUACAGAGUAUGGCUGUGUUUGAUAAAGCUACUGCACAUACAAAGACAUUACUUCAAAAAACAGGCGAACGAAACAAGAUUUUAGAGAAGGAAGUGAAUAUAUUACAGUGGGAAAAUGAUUGGAAAUUGGAUAAAUUUAAGAAUUUGGAACAGAUCUGGAUUGGAAGAUAUGAUCGGAUAUGUAUUGAAAAUGCUGAACUUUCAAAAACUUUGGCGGCAAAAGAUAGUGAGAUUCGGAAUCUCAAAUCAGAAAAUACAAUUUUGAACCAGCAGUGUUCAGAAUUACUUGCAAUGCUUGAUGCAAAGGAUCAGCAAAUCUUCCAAAACACAUUGCCAGUAAACAAGAAAGGCUUCACUGAAGUUACAACAUUGGAGCUGGGAGUGCUUGGAGCGUGUCACUGUAAUGGUACUGGAGGAGAGCCCUGUGCUUGUGCCAGGAUGGCAGCUGCCACACGGAAACAGCUACUGCAACAGAAGCAAGAGUUUGAUCUUCAGAGAAAGCGAGAGGAAGAGGCCUACAUAGUGGCUGAUGCAUUUAGAAUUGCUUUUGAACAUCAAUUAAAAAGAACAAAUGAUCAAACUCUCCGAAUUAGUGAAGUGGAAAAACUGCAUAGAAAAGCUCCUAAGAAAGGGCUUGUUUGGAAUCAAAUAAAAGAAGAUCCUAUUCAGGGAACAAAAGUGAUUCAUUCAACACUUGGCCAAAAGUUGAAGGGUCUGUUCAGUUCCUCAACAGACCAAAAGAAUUUGGAGGUCUUGGAUGACACGCAGGAGGUGCUAAGGAUACUUAUAGACUUGUUAAAUGAUAAAGAGGAAGCUCUGGCACAUCAGCGGAAGGUUAGCUAUAUGUUGGCUCGACGUGUUGAGGAUCUAGAACGAAAGUCCUUGAGGAAGGAUACUGCAGCAACUGAAAUUUUUAAAGUUGAUAAUUGUCAAAAAAGAUUGAAUGAUUUAAAAAAUAAAUCUUUCCUAUCAACUGAUCGAAACCCAAGUGAACACAAGACAGUUUUGAGGACGAACUCUUCCCCUGCAGGUUACUUCAUGGGCAAUUGAAAAUUCAGCAUUUAUUAAAACAGAGCUUGUGGCAAGACAUUUGAUGGAACAAACAUUAGGACUGAAGCCAAAAAAAUUCCAUGAUGUUUGUUCAUAAAUGUAAGAAGACAUUCUUUCAGAAUGGACAUGAUAUCUAUUUUUUAAAUUAACUUGUAAAAAGACUUAAGAAUUGAUUUGUUUAAGCCACUUCUAGAGUUAUACAGCAUGGAAACAUGACCUUCAUCCCAAAUUGAACAAAUUCCACUUUCUUUUGUUUGGCCCACAUCCCUCCGAAACCUUUUCUCUUAGUGUACUUAACCAAAUGUCUUAAAUGUUGUAACUGUAUCUGCAUCCGCCGCUGCCUCUGGCAGCUCAUUCCAUAUAUGAACCAGUUUUUUUUUAAAAAAAUGGUUCUCCUUAUAUUCUAAAAAUUUUCUCCUCUCACAUUAAAAAUAUGCUCCAUAGUUUUGAACUCCCCCACUCUGUUAUUCACCUUAUAUAUGCCUGUCAUAAUUUUUUAAACCUCUAUAAGGUCACCCCAUAACCUCCUAUGCUCUGUGGAAAAAAACUUCAGCUUCUCCAACCUGUCCUUUUAACUCAAAACCUCCAUUCCUGGCAACAUCCUAAUUUGAUUUUGUUCUUAGUGAAAUAUUGGUGAUCUAAUGUAAAUAUUAAAAUGAGACAAGUCAAAGCUUUUCAUCUUGCACUUAUUAGGAGUGCAAGAUAGUGACACAAGAUAGUGACUUGACAAAGAAACACUAAAGAGCAUGGGAAGAGAAUGUUGAAUGAUUGGCAUUGUAAUCCAGUUGGAACAGCUAAUGAUCCAUUUCAGUUCUCAGACCAGCCAGCACUCUGGUAAUUCUUCCACUUAAACUGUAUAAAUAGGCUUCCCUUUUUUUUCUUAGUUUUGUUUUUUGCAUCCUAGCCCUGAUGAGUGCAAGACAGGAAGCUUCAACUAAUCUCUGUUUAUAGUUUCAGGCUGGCAAGCAAUUAUUUAGAGUCUAAUUAGUUUGCACAGUUUAAUUUGCCUUACAAAAUUAGUGAGUGACUUACUAAAUCUAAUUAUAUUCAUAUAUUGAAUGUACAAAUAUUUAUGAAUGCGACUUGGCACUUAACAUUA